AUGGAUAUCCAGCACAUUUCUCACGCGACAGUCGAAAACGCGAGUUUUUCUACCUCCCAUAUCUUCUUGCUUAGGAGUCAGGCGUGAAAAUGAAGCUACAAACUGAUUAAACGUCUGAUUUGUAAAUUUGAGCAUCAGCGCGAUCACUUUCCAAUACUUUUUCCGCUUUUCCGAUGGAAGAGUGCAGUUCGACUGCUCCUCUCGUGAAUUUUCAGAAUUCUAAACUGAUUUUUCAGAUCGGGAGCAUCAAGAGCGAUCAACAAUUUGACAACGAGGACGAUUCCGAUGAAAACGUGGAGUUGAGUCAAACAGACUUGUGCCGAAUUCUCGAAGGCGUGGUCGCAAAGCAGUGCGAGCUCGACGAACAUGUCCUUCACGUCCAUAUUGGCUCGGCGCUGCGCCAGACGGGCAAUGACGAACGUGUCCGUGACUUCGGUGUAAUUCGUGACCCCUGCCACGUGUCUCUCCACCCCUUGAACGUUCUUGUUCCCGAAUUGAUUCAGUUCCAGCUUUUGCAAAAGAGUCCAAAUGAAGCAGCUCCUCGUUCUCCUCGUGCUCUUCGCUCCGUUCUGCUCGGCGGACGUCUGGCAGGGUGCCGUCCACGGCGUCGGACAACUUUAUUGCAACGAAAAACCGUUCGCCAAUCAGCUCGUCGAAGUGUGGGAGAAGAAUUUCUGUGAGUCUGUUUGUCCCCAACCAACCAGAACGAUCGGAUGUUUCAGUGUGGGGCGACGGUCUGUGGGGCAGCACGAAGACGGACAAGCACGGCUUCUUCCAGUUGAAGGCCGCCGGCUGGGAGUGGUUCGGCCCCACUCAGCCGUACCUCUUCAUUCCCAAUUUUUGCGAGUCGGACGGAAAGUGCGCCAACAACGUCAUCAACAUUUUCUUCCCCGACAUUUACAUUUCCAAGGACCAGUUUCCGAAGAUGGUAGAGUCUCAAAACGAAAACAUUUCCAAUAUUAUCGCAUUUCAGAAGUUAGACAUUGGUCAGAUGGAACUGCGAGGCUUCGAUCGGACCGAACAAAGAGGAAUGGCGGUCGUGCUCGGAUCCGGCCGUUACUGCAACUAG